AUGUUAUUUAUGCAUCCCGAUAGCAAGUGUCCCACUCCAGAAGAUAUAAACAACAUCAUUUCAGCAGAAAUUCCUUCGGAGGAGGAUGAUAUGAAACUUUAUCAUUUGGCGAAGACACAUAUGAUUCACGGCCCAUGCGGAUAUGCAAACACUUCAUCGCCAUGCAUGAAAAUUAAUCAAUGCUCAAAAUUCUUCCCAAAAAAAUUUCAGGCUCGCACUGUUGUUGACCACGAAGGAUAUCCUUUGUACAUAAGAAGAGAUACUGGAAAUACAGUUACGAAAAAGGACGUUGAUCUUGAUAACAGAUUUGUAGUUCCUUGUAAUCCAUAUUUGUUGAAGAAAUUUCAGGCUCACAUCAACAUUGAGUGGUGUAAUCAGGGAACAUCCGUUAAGUAUUUAUUCAAAUAUAUUAACAAAGGAUAUGACCGAAUUACCGCUACUGUAGUUGAUACUACCAAUGAUGGAUCAUCUUUAAAUGGAGAUCUUGAUGAAAUAAAACAAUAUCUUGAUGGUAGAUAUGUCUCUCUAAGUGAAGCAUGCUGGAGGAUAUUCUCUUUUCCCGUACAUGGAAGGUCUCCCGCGGUCGAGAGGUUGUAUUUUCAUCUUGAGGGAGACAAUUUUGUUUACUACACUGAUUAUGAGUUGAUUGAUGAGGUACUUGAAAAACCAAGCGUGAAAGAGUCUAUGUUUACCGCUUGGAUGGAAGCCAACAAGACAUAUUCAGAGGCAAAAGAUUUGACUUACUCCAAGUUUCUCACAAGAUUUGUGUACGACAAAAGAUACAGACGGUGGAGACCACGCAAAAGAGGUAAUACAAUUGGAAGACUUAUAUGGGUUCCGCCAAGUACCGGUGAGCUUUUUUAUCUUAGAAUGAUGUUAACGGUAGCAAAGGGACCGACAUGCUACGAGGACAUAAAAAAGGUGGGAGGAAUUGUUCGGCACAGUUUUAGGGAUGCAUGUUUGGAAAUGGGAUUUCUUAAUGAUGAUAAAGAAUAUGUUUCGGCCAUAUACGAGGCCAAAGAUUGGGGUUCAGGUUAUUUUUUGCGACAAUUAUUUGUCACCAUGCUACUCUCCGGUACAAUGAAUAGACCUAACCAUGUUUGGGUUAAAACUUGGAAGGUAUUGGCAGACGGUAUUCUUUACCAGCAGAGGCAAGCAACCAAUAAAUUAGACCUGCAUUUAACGGACAAUGAAUUGAAAAACUUGACCCUCGUUGCCAUUGAGAACAUGUUGCAGUCCAAUCAAAGAAGCUUGCAUGAGUUUAAGGAUAUGCCAUAUCCUGACUCAUAUGUCACAAGAGACAUUGGUAACCGUAUGAUUUAUGAUGAACGUGAUUACAACGUUGAUGACGAAAGAAAAAAUUUCACUGCUCUAUUCAAAGCACUAACAGAUGAGCAACGUGGUAUUUUUGAAACAAUCAUGCAAGCUGUCAAGAAACAAAGAGGGGGGGUGUUUUUUUUUUUGCAUGGUUAUGGAGGUACCGACAAGACUUUCAUGUGGAGAACACUGUUAAGUGCACUGCGUUCGGAGAGAAAAAUAUGUAUUACUGUUGCUUCAAGUGGCAUAGCUUCGUUAUUAUUGCCAGGUGGAAGAACUGCCCAUUCAAAGUUCAAAAUUCCAGUGCCGACCCUUGACAACUCUACAUGCAAUAUCGACAAGAAUACCGAGCAUGCACAAUUACUUCAAGCAACUGAUGUGAUCAUAUGGGAUGAAGCACCCAUGGCACAUAAAAAUUGCUUUGAAGCAUUAGACAAAACUCUUAAAGAUCUCUUGAACCAAAAUGGGAUAUCGGGUAGAAUAUUUGGAGGGAAAGUUGUUGUAUUCGGCGGAGAUUUCCGGCAGAUUCUUCCCGUUGUUCCAAGAGCUUCUCGCUCCGAUAUUGGGCAUGCAUCAAUAUUCUCAUCUUAUGUGUGGGAUCACUGCAAGGUCCUCACUCAAACAAGAAACAUGAGGCAUAAGAAUGAUAAAGGUAAUAACAAUAGUAAUGAAAUUGCAGAGUUCUCGAAAUGGAUAUUGGAUGUCGGCGAUGGAGAAGAAAAGGAAUAUCUCAGUUUUGACGAGAUAGAUAAGACCGAUGCGACUUACACUGAAGCUUACGAAGUUCUAACACCUGAAUUCUUGAGUUACCUAAGAACAUCCGGUCUACCGAAUCACAUCCUCAAAUUGAAGGUUGGUAUACCAAUUAUGUUGAUGAGAAAUUUAGACCAAUCUCAGGGAUUAUGCAAUGGCACAAGACUUAUUGUUACAAGAUUAGCCAAUCACGUCAUUGAGGCAAGAAUUAUUUCUGGAAAAAAUAUAGGUAACCUCUUUUACAUUCCUCGAAUGUCUAUGUCGCCUUCAGAGUCUCCUUGGCCAUUUAAGUUGAUUAGGCGACAAUUUCCAAUAAUUGUCUCUUAUGCUAUGACAAUUAAUAAAUCCCAAGGUGAAUCCCUUGAUACCGUCGGACUGUAUUUGCCUACUCCCAUCUUUAUUCAUGGUCAAUUAUAUGUUGCCAUAUCUAGAGUUACCAACAAAAACGGUUUAAAGAUAUUGAUUCAUGACAACGACGAUGAUCCGCGCUCGACAACUACAAAUGCCGUGUACAAGGAAGUUUUUCAAUCACUUUGUUAA